ACCCGCGGCGUGCGCGUGCGCGUCAGCUGAAGUUCAAACCAGACCGGGAAACGAGCACCGACCCCCGCCGAGCCUUAGCUUCUGACUUCCCUCCGGAAAAAGCCGAGAGAAGCCGAAGGCGGUUCGGCUCCGGGGGGGGCGCAGCCGCGCUCACGCGGAUCAGGUGAAGGAGGCACGCGGGUGUGUGCUCGUCUCUGCGGUCACAGGCACGAGGAAGUUCCGCUCAUUUUCCCGCGUGUAAGGCGAAGUUCAGGUGGUGAUGGGGUAACACCUGAGGAGGAGCGCGCGGCGCGGCGGCUGAAGGUUGGACGCGGGAAAACUUUAAGGUCUCACCAUGGUUAAGAAGAGCCUGCCGGGCUGGGUCCACCAGGACCCCGAGGAGGACCUGGUCCAUGUGAAUGUGGGGGGUCUGAAGAGGAGCCUGUGUUCCAGCACCCUGAAGAAGUUUCCAGACACCAGGCUGGGGAAGCUGCUGGCGUGCGCCUCAGAGGAGGACAUCCUGCAGGUCUGUGACGACUACGACGUGCAGCAGAAGGAGUUCUACUUCGACAGGAAUCCCGGCCUUUUUCCGUACGUCCUCCACUUCUACCAGACCGGAAAACUCCACGUGAUGGAGGAGCUGUGCGUCUUCUCCUUCAGUCAGGAGAUCGAGUACUGGGGCAUCAACGAGUUCUUCCUGGAUUCCUGCUGCAGUUACCGUUACCAUGACCGCAAGCUGGAAAGCAGCCGCCAUCGCAGCUGGGACGACGAGAGCGAGGUCAGCAGCAUAGACACGUCUGUGGACGAGAUCUCCGACCUCAACAGGGACAUGCAGCACUUUCGUCAUGUGCGCUACGGGAACUUGAAAAGGUGUCUGUGGCUGACGCUGGAGAACCCCGGCUACUCCAUCCCCAGCAAGCUGUUCAGUCUGCUGUCCAUCGGCGUGGUGCUCACCUCCAUCGCCACCAUGUGCAUCAACAGCAUUCCUGAGUACCAGACCUUCGACCUGGAGGGGAAGCUGGUGGAAGACCCCACCAUGCAGACGCUGGAGGUCUUCUGCAUCUGCUGGUUUACCUUCGAGGUGGUGACGCGGUUGCUGCUGGCGCCGAACAGGAGGAAGUUCUUCCGCCAUCCUCUGAACAUCAUUGACAUGGUGUCUGUGGUUCCCAUCUACAUCACCCUGCUCUUCGACGUGACUCUGGGCUCCGAGUCGGAGCUGGGGAAUGUGGGCCGGCUCAUUCAGGUGUUCAGGCUGAUGAGGAUCUUCAGGGUUCUGAAGUUGGCUCGACACUCCACAGGUCUGCGCUCGCUGGGGGCCACUCUGCGGCACAGCUACCGCGAGGUCGGCAUCCUGCUGCUCUACCUGGCUGUGGGCGUGUCCGUCUUUUCUGGAAUUGCCUACACAGCUGAAUGUGAAGAGGACGUGGGUCUGGACACCAUCCCGGCAUGCUGGUGGUGGGGAACGGUCAGCAUGACCACCGUGGGCUACGGAGACGUGGUGCCGGUCACCGUCGCCGGGAAGCUGGCAGCCAGCGGCUGCAUUCUGGGCGGCACCCUGGUGGUGGCGCUGCCCAUCACCAUCAUCUUCAACAAGUUCUCGCACUUCUACCGCCGGCAGAAAGCUCUGGAGGCGUCGGUGAGGAACAACAACACGAAGAAGAUGAGGAUGAGCUGCGAGAACGAGCCAGACGAGGAAGACGACGAAGAACUGGACAGUCGCUGUCUGGACGAAGACGGCAUGGAGGACGAUGAUGAAGACGAUGUCGAUUUGGAGGACGAAGGAGGAGUGAUAAACUACAGUUAUGUGGAGCAUCCGUCGUACUCGUGGGUGAUGAGGAAGGAGCUGAAUCUGCUGUGAAGAAACGUUUCCAUCGCCACCGAACACGAUUGAUCUCCGUUUCUAUCAACGGACGUUCAUCCACGUUUGGUGAAAUACGACUUCAGCCCGUUUUGGCUUCACCGCUGUGGGGUUUCUUCUGACAGAGGAGACCCGUGUGAUGUCAUUCAUGUUGAGAACUUUGGCUCCACCUCAAUGAGGUCAAUCCAGUGGACAUUUUUUAUGACACGGACGCCGCCAUGUUGGAGCCAAAAGUCCAUAAGCAGCGAUUGAUCCGAGUUGGUCUCAGUCAUCGUUUCUAUGACAACCACUCUGGCCAAUCAAGUGUGAGCUUGUUGGAAGGCCACGCCUCGACCACUUGAAAGCAGGCUACACAACAUAUACACACAUAUACAGUCAAUGGUUCCAACUAACUGUUCCACAGAGCUGAAGCUGAGCGCAUGAACACAAAUAAAAAAGAAAACGUUUGCUUCAUUUUUCUGUUUUCUGCAGAAACACAAACGGGGUUAAAUGAUUUGAGAAAAUGAUGUUCCAGACGGAAGGAGGAGCAGCAACUGAUCAACAAACAGCUGUUCUUCCUGGAAAAUCCAGAAUAUUUAGCUUCAUCUGGAUGUGCUGAAUCAGGAGGAAACGUUCUCCUGACAUCCAACUUCCAGACACAGAACCUAGUGAAGCUUUCAGGAGAAAUCCCAGCAAAGACUCAACAUCA